AUGAAAGUGUUUCUAACGAUUUUAGCUCUGGCUGUGGCCUCAGCAGCCGCUGCUCCAAAAGCAAGCAUUGCUUACCCCAAGGAUCUGGCUAAGACCAACAAGAUCGAGGGUCGUAUUACGAACGGCUACCCAGCAGAAGAGGGCAAGGCCCCCUAUACCGUUGGCUUGGGCUUCAGCGCCGGCUGGUGGUGCGGUGGUUCCAUCAUCGAUCACACAUGGGUCCUAACUGCCGAGCAUUGCAUUGGAGAUGCUGAGUCUGUGACCGUUUACUUUGGUGCCACCUGGCGCACCAAUGCCCAGUUUACCCACUGGGUCGGCAAUGGCGAUUUCAUCAAGAACCCCUCGGCUGAUAUUGCUCUGAUCCGCAUUCCUCACAUCGAUUUCUAUCACAUGGUCAACAAGGUUGAGCUGCCCAGCUACAACGAUCGCUACAAUGACUACAACGAAUGGUGGGCUGUUGCCUGCGGCUGGGGUGGUACCUACGAUGGCAGCCCAUUGCCCGAUUACAUGCAGUGCGUUGAUUUGCAGAUCAUCCACAACUCCGAAUGCGCUGACUACUAUGGCCAUGAACUGAUUGGCGACAACCGCAUCUGUGUCCGUGUCGUCGAUGGCAAAGGUACAUGCGGUGGUGACUCUGGUGGCCCAUUGGUCACACACGAUGGCUCCAAAUUGGUCGGUGUUACCAACUUUGUGGCUUCGGCUGGUUGCCAAAUUGGUGCCCCAGCUGGAUUCCAGCGUGUCACCUACCACUUGGACUGGAUCCGUGAUCACACUGGCAUUGCUUACUAUUAAACGAUUAAAAUAAAUUGAAAUGACAAUAUAA